GCCAUGUAUACAAAUGACGAAAAGACGUUGAAUAAGCACUUCGUUUCUUUAGUUGAUAAAAGGCGGGUGGACACGCAAGAGAAAGCAACCAGUGGAACAAACCACGUCCAGAAGCUCCUUCAUGUCCUCUAUGCCAACAGCAAACCAUCAAAGAUAGUCUACUCAGUGGCAGGCAGUAGAGGGGACCUUGGCCUGCCCUGAAACAACUCGAUGGAUCUCAGUGCUGACUCCGGGACACUCCCCUCCCACACAACUGUAGGAGGACCUGUGUUGGAGCAGGAGCUGUCUCUGCCUAACGCUCGAUGUCAAGCAGAAAGUGGAGGCACCAUCUUACUACAGUUGUUGGAAUUUAAAACCCAUCUACUUGAGGCUGUAGAGGAGCUGCAUAUUCAGAGGGAUGCAGAGACACGCUUUGAGGAUCAGAUCAGUAAACUGGCAUUGGAGAAACAGGAGCUGGACUGGGAGAAGGAAUCCCUACAACAUCAAAUUGAAACAGUGGCAAACCAGCACACAGAGUCACUCAUCAGUGUUAAAAAGCAGCUUCAGGCAAAAAUAAGAAACAUUGAGGAGGAGAAGGGGAAAUACCAGGUCAGUGCUGAGUUAAAGGAUAAGGAGAUUAACAACCUGAAAGAAGAGCUGAAGAUGCUUCAAUUACUGAAGUACAACUUAGAGAAGAAAUCAAGUGAGCUGGAACAGAAAUUAGCCUUGCAGAACCGGUCAAAGGAUAGCCACUUGAACCAGUUGGGGGAGGUUGAGAAGCGUUUCAGUGCUCUAUCCAGACAGUGUGCCAUGGUCAAGCAGGCCCACGAGAAACUAGAGCAAAAUGUUGAUGAGGCCAUGAAAAUAAAUAAGAAACUGACUACUGCAAAUGAAAAACAAGAAGCAACCAUUGCGUCGCUAAAGAAGGAGUUGGAGGAGGUCAGUAACAAGCUGAUCAAGGCCAAGAUGUCAUCAGUUAGACAUGACAAGGCCCAUAGUCCUUCAGGCACAGAGCAGCAUUUUCAGCAGCUGCAACAGAAACUGCACAUGGAAACCGAAAUGAACAAGAAACUCGGGGAUGAAAAUCUAGCUGUGAGAGCAGAAAAGCAGGAAGUGAUGAGGUCUCUGCAGCAUACCCAGCAGCUGUUGUUGAGUCAGACACAGACAGUAAGCAGAGUAGAGCUGGAGCUCCAGACACAAAGAGAACAGUACCAGGCCCUUAAGCAGGAGCAUCACAGGGUGAUGCGAGAGAAAAGCAAGGCAAUGGAAGACAAGGUGGCCCAACUGAUGGAGAACUAUGCUGCUUCCAAGAACAGAUGGGACAAAGAGAAGUCAAUGUUUCUGGAUUGCAUCAAGAGUGAGCAGCAGGACCUUCAAGCAGUGAAAGAGGCUUACAAUGAGCUCCAUCAGGGACACACUGAACUGUCCUCACAGGCCAAAGUUCAGGCUCAGCAUAUAUAUGAAUUGGAGAUGAGAGAGAGCAGUCAGAGCCUCAGUGUUUCUACAAAGGUCUUCCCCAAUAUAGUGGAGGAAAUCAGAGAAGAGGAAACUCUUAAUGAACCCAUCUCCAGCUCUGAGCUGCCUGGCUUUGGCAAUCUGCAGCCCUUGGCCUCCAGUCAGACCAAAAACCCAGACUGUCUGGAGGACACCGGAGCUGUGACUAUGCUAGUUGCCACUAGAGCAACUGGAGAAUCAACUGUAUCAAGUCCUGGUUACAGGUCUAUCGAUGGAUCAGUAGACUUACUAAGCAAAGAAAAGAGUGACGAAGGGAAUGGAGAAAUGAGUGAGAAAGAACAGGGAUGGAAAGAUGAUGUGAAACAAGUAAAAAACAACAGAGAAGAAGGGGAAAGAUUUGAGGAGCAGCAGUGGAAUAGAGAAGAAGUCAAAGGAGAAGAUGUGAAGGAAGGAGGAAGGGCUGGAGAAAAGAGAGGAACGCUCAUGGCCCAAACAACAGAUAGACAAGACUGUAGCCAGGGGUCAACAGAGGAUGCAGGGGACCCCAAACAGCCUGAAACAGAAAAAAAAAAUAGAGCAGAACGGGAAGGGACAUAUGGAGCACAGGAGAGAGGAAAGACAGGGCUGCACACAGCAGAAACCCAGAUACCAGCCCAGACGACUACUGAUACAACUACCAAGAAGAGCAACACACAGCAGUUCAUUGACUUCAUGGACACUGAGCCACCACUGGCUGCCUGUGAACCCUCAGACUGUUCACUAAGUCUCUUUCAGAAAAUCAGUGAGGAUGCUGACUCCAGCCAUGUGAACAAAGGAUAUGAGAUUAGGAGAGAAGUACAUACCGUUUGCUCUGAUGAGCACCAAAGUGUCGAUCUUGGGCCAAACUUUGUCAUUCAAGAUGUGCAACCCCUCUGUCAUGAUGAGGACCAAACCUUUGCAAAGUCAGUUCCUCAGCUGCCAAGUCCAGUUCAUCAAGUUUCUGAGAAGACUAAGGAAGAAAAACCAUCCAACAAAUCAGCAGCCAAUAUACCCACUGAACCUUCUGGACCUCUGAAUCAGUCAAGUAUUUGUAGCUCACAGACCAACAGUGCACCAUUAACUGCUCAGUUGGAUGGUAUUGUCAGUAUCCAAGAAUUCGAGACAACUACAACACAAACACAACUUAAUAAUCCGUCUGACGUUACGAGCGACAUGAAGCAAACAGAUAAAAUGUGUGAUAAUGAAGAAUGUGUUUUAGUGACAACAAUGGUUGAAUCACAAGCAUUACCUCAAAGUCAGGUAACUGCUAAUGAUGAUAAUGGAUAUUCUAGUGCAUAUAAGAAGGAGGAAAGUCAGUCAAAUGUAGACACAUGUGAAAACAAUGCCUGGGAGACUGCCCAGGAACUUAUGGAAAAAUCUAAUUUGAAGGAUGCCUGUGCUGAUAUCACGAUGGAUUCUGUGAACCUUGAAUCUUGGGUUGAGACUGGCAGCUAUCAGGAGCACAUGGAAAAUGACCAAAUAGAAGACGUAGGAGAUGCAAAGACAACUAAAAGUGAAACAGUUUUGAAGCUGUCUGUCCAUCCAAGUCACGAGAGUAAUGCAUCACCAGAGACUGGCAGCAAAAAAUGCUAUGAGCAGUCUCCAGCAAAAGAAUUGCUGCUUGAUGAAACUUUUGAGUUGUCUCUGCCCAGCAAUAAGACUUACAGAUCGUCAUUUGACUUGGGUAGUGCUCAGAGAAAAACAAAGUCAAUGUUUCUGGAUUGCAUCAAGAGUGAGCAGCAGGACCUUCAAGCAGUGAAAGAGGCUUACAACGAGCUCCAUCAGGGACACACUGAACUGUCCUCACAGGCCAAAGUUCAGGCUCAGCAUAUAUAUGAAUUGGAGGGAUCCCCUAUGUCUGAGCAAAAUAAAAGUGGUUCUGGUGGACUCCUCAGACAUCCUGCCAGCACAAUACCCAUGUUUCUAAAAAGCAAGCACAGCAAAGUCCCCUUGGUGAUUAGCAGGGCGUCGGAUCUGUUGAAUGCCUCCAGUGUCUGUGGAGCUGCUGCUUCCACAAGGAGACAGCAGGGAGAGUGGAAGGCUCUGGGAGAGACCUUCAGAGAGACAGCAACAGCAGACAUGGACAGCAGAGCUUCUGUGUCAGUUACUUCUUUUCCAGUCUCCACAUCCAUCACAGUCAGCAGCCUGUCAUGGCCAACCACCCCAGGGUGUAGCAGAGCUCCUACCUCAGCUGUAGGUCCUGGUUCAGAGUCAGAUUGGGAACCCUCUUGCUCCCAGGAGAGGGAAAACCAACAGUCAUCGUUCAGAGCCCAUAUCUCCAAAAUCGAACAGUUCCUCAACACAGAGAGGCUCCGUCUGCCCAAAAGACGAAAAAUUGAAAACUAAACCACAAAAUGUACUGUUCUGUUGAGGGAUGCUACUGUAUCUAGUUACACUACUAAAGUCUUCUGUAGCACUUAUUUGGUAAAUUGAGCAGAGCCUUACCUGUGGAAAAUUGUGCAAAGGUUUCUAGUUGUUGGCUUAAAUCACUGCCUGUUCACAUUACUGUUAUGAAAACAUUUCUUCAGUUUUUUUAAUGGAAAACUGCUCUGUUCAUUUGUUGUUUUAUUGACAUGGUGUAUUUGUAGAUAAGUAGGAAACGAGGGGAUUGAUUAUUCCACUGGAGGUUUAUACAUUAAUCUUGAUAUAUUUUAAAGAUUUUAUUUGAACACAGUUGUGUGUGUAUGAAGCAGUGUUGAAAUGUAUGCAUUGG